AUGGACGCCUCCUCCCUCCGCACCUCCAAGUUCGAUGGAACUAACUUCCACGCCUGGAAGUUCAAGAUGCAGAUGGUGCUGGAGGAACGGGACCUAUGGGAGGUCGUCAGCGGUGAGAUCAAGGCGGAACAGUGCGAGACUCAGUUGGACCAAGCGACGUACAAGAGGAAGUCAAGAAAGGCGAUGGCAGUGAUCUGUCUAGCCAUGGAAGAUUCCCAGCUACCGUUGGUCCGGUCGGCAAGUGGUGCAUGCGACGCAUGGUCAAGGUUGGAAGACCACUUCGAGAAGAAGAGUCUUGCCAACAAGCUGUUCUUGCGCCGUCGCUUCUUCACGACAAUGAUGGAAGAAGGCGACGAUGUGCUCGAACACAUCAACAAGCUCAAGACGCUGGCGGAACAGCUAGAAGCGGUGGGGGCUCCAGUCUGCGAGGACGAUCUGGUGAUCACACUUCUCGGCAGCCUGAGUGACUCGUAUCAAUUCUUGAUCACAGCUUUGGAGUCGCGCUCAGACACUCUUAGCUGGGAGCUCGUGACGUCUCGACUGCUUCAUGAAGAAAUGAAGCGGAAGGAGCAAGGAAGUAAAGGUAAUGAAGCUUCGCAAGGUCAAGCGUUCAUCACAAGGGACAAUCAGCGCAAAGGGCGACCAGUGAAGAAGUCCUGGCCGUGCCACAAUUGCGGAAAGAUUGGUCACUGGAUGGCGGAGUGCCCCUCGCGCAUCCAAGAAAACACGGAGAGACACCGGCCACAGCGUGCUCAAGACAGCGGCGACCGCUAUCGAUCACAACGUGCAAACGUCGCUCAAGAAGAAGACUCGGGCGACUACCUCUUUUCGAUCGGUGAAACGACAUCUGCGAAAUCGAGCGACAUCUGGCUGGUCGACUCCGGGGCGACGCAGCACAUGACGUGCUUCAAGAAGUUCAUGCGGAACUACAAGGGGUUUGACGCUGUGGAUGUCCAUCUCGCGGAUGAUGGAAUCGUCCAAGCAAUCGGCAGUGGGGACAUUGUCAUGUCGAUGAAGACACCCCAAGGGAUGAAGAAAGGUGUGCUCACAAACGUGUGGCACAUCCCAAAGUUAUCCAGAAACCUGUUCUCGGUCGGCCGCUUCACCAAGGAUGUCGGCCCAGUGACGUUCACUAAGGAUGGGUGCUAUGGAGAAGCGAAAGGGACCAAGUGGAAAAUUGGUGCCCGUGAAGGUAAAGGACUGUUCAAGCUGCAAAUGACUCCAGUGGCGCCGGAACAAGCAAAUGCAGCCAAGUCGUCGGGAUGUCAAGGGGGCACCAAGUCGUACCUCUGGCACCUUCGGCUUGGCCACAUAGGUCACGAUGGACUCAAUUGCAUCGUGACGAAGAACAUUGGAAUUGGCAUCGACAUAUCUUCGGUGAAGAAGUGGGACGUGUGUGAAGGUUGUGCUCUGGGAAAACAGACUCGAGUGCGCUUCCAAUCAAACACUACAGCUCGCACCUCCAAACUCCUCGAAGCGAUUCACAGUGACGUAUGCGGACCGAUGUCGAUGGCAACUUUCAGUGGAAAACGGUACUUCGUGACAUUCAUUGAUGACAAGUCAAGAUACUGUGUCGUCUAUCUGCUCAAGAGCAAAUCUGAAGUUGCGGCGAAGUUCAUGGAAUACGCUGCGAUGGCCGAAACGCAAACCGGAAAGCGCGUGAAGUACCUUCAAAGCGACAAUGGGGGUGAAUACAAGUCCGACAAGCUGGCACGAUUCUGCGCGGAACGGGGAAUACAACAAAGGUUCACACCCCCCAUAUACUCCUCAGCUAAACGGAGUAGCUGA